UUAGUCCGUUUAUUUCCCAUUUAUCUCCCUGCAUAUGGAUGCAUCAUAUUAUGUGGGCGAACUGACACUGCCCCCUCCGUUCUCGUUCAAUGGCGUCAGGUUUCGCAUUAUCGCUUCUACCGCCCACGAUGGGAACAAAGCUACACAGCAACCGGUUCGCACGCCAACCACUAUCCUACCAGGGUCGUCUGCUGUACCUGCUGUGUCCUCUGGCAACUACAGUCCUCCGAAAGCAAUGGGCCCUCCGAUUCCACGAAAGAGGCGCUUGAGCACCCCCGACUCUCCCACCUACUCAACACGCCAGCGGUUGGACAAUAAUCCAACGACAACGGGCAUAUCCAUAGGACGAUAUGCUCUUGAAGACCAAGGGUAAUAGUCCCGCCAAAUCACAUCCGGAAAGCAUAUCCGAUAAGAUUCUUUCUACGAUCCAAUCAGAAUCGACGACGGCGACGCGUCAUCCACGCCAGCAUAACCACAGCGCUCCCUUUCAUUCGUCCUCUCCACAACAAACAGCGGCAGCAGACGUCGAUCCUACGACGGCGGUGGCGGCAGGCGAACGUCGAUGCUGUGCUGAAGGAGAAGAGUUUGGCUGUGGUGUCCAUUAUAGCAAUUCUGGGCAGUCGGCGACAGAGAGGGUCCGCCUUCUGUGGCGGGACGUGUUGGAAAUUCGCAGGCAGCAAAUGACGUUGCGAGACAAGGAAGAGGUUCUCUUGGACGAGAUGGAGAAUCUGAGUGGGAAGCCGCGGCCUCCCAGUAGCACAAAUUCCCAGCUUCGCACUACUAGUUCAGCUACUGAGAGGCAACUAGUUGAGAUGGAGGCAGAGCUGCGAGAGGAAAGGGAUAGACGAGUACGAGCUGAAAAGGCUCUCGAGGAGGUCGAACGGGAAUGCAGAUCGCCGUUCGUUGUUCCUGCGUUGUUCCGGGCAUUCAUGACGAUCUCUGAACUCUCCCCUUGACCUUUAUCGGUCUCUGCGGUCCUCUUCCCCUCGACGAACCCUUUCUGGCUACCGGCUGCUGAUG